AUGCCUUAUACCGAGUCCCAACGAUACCUGAGCACGCGUGGUGGUUCUUACGACCUCUCUUUCGAGGACGUCGUACUGAAGGGACUGGCUUCGGAUGGUGGACUCUUCAUACCUGAGCAAAUUCCGUCGUUACCCGCGGAUUGGCACUCCAAAUGGCGCAAUCUCAGUUUCCAGGAGCUUGCCUUUGAGAUCUUUUCACUGUACAUCUCGCCGGAGGAGAUACCAUCCAGCGACCUGAAAGAUAUUAUUGUAAAGAGUUACGGGACCUUUAGGACUCCAGAUAUUACGCCGCUAGUCACUCUCGACGAACAGCGUCGGUUGUACCUUCUAGAGCUCUUUUGUGGGCCCACCUUUGCCUUUAAGGACGUCGCUCUGCAAUUUCUUGGAAAUCUGUUUGAAUAUUUUCUAGCCCGGAAGAACCAGGGCAAGACUGGCAAAGACAGACAUCACCUUGUUGUUGUUGGUGCUACAAGUGGAGACACUGGCUCUGCCGCUAUCUACGGCCUACGGGGCAAGAAGGAUGUCUCCGUUUUCAUUCUCCACCCGAAAGGGAGGAUCUCCCCCAUCCAAGAGGCACAGAUGACGACAGUUCUGGAUGAAAAUGUUCACAAUCUCAGCGUGGAGGGCUCCUUCGACGACUGCCAGGAUAUUGUUAAGGCACUCUUCGCCGACCCCGAAAUCAACAAAGUGCACAAACUGGCAGCUGUCAACUCCAUCAACUGGGCUCGAAUUCUGGCGCAAAUGACUUAUUAUUUUCACUCGUACUUCCAGCUCCUCAGAUCCUCCAACUACACUGAAGGUGCACCAUUUCGGUUUGUUGUGCCAUCGGGCAAUUUUGGCGAUAUUCUUGCUGGCUGGUACGCGAAAUCAAUGGGUCUACCGGUGCAAAAAUUGAUCAUUGCAACGAAUGAAAACGAUAUCCUCGAUCGUUUCUGGCGGACUGGUGCAUAUACGAAACAAGCUGUCGCGAGCCAGGACGCGAGGGCCAGCUCAGGAGACGAGCUCCCCACCGCACCAUCGAGCGUCAAAGAAACCCUCAGCCCAGCCAUGGAUAUCCUUGUCUCGAGUAAUUUUGAACGACUACUUUGGUACCUUGCAUUCCAGGUAUUAGGGCAGGGAGAAGUAGUUGCCAAGCGAAGAGAGCUUGCCGGAGAAAAGGUCCGCGGCUGGCUUAAUGACUUGAAAACAAAAGCCGGGUUUACAGUUGAAUCUCCAGUCCUCGCAGCAGCACAGAAUGACAUGGAAAGCUGCCGGGUAUCGGACGCCCAGACCAUUUCAACGAUCCAGACAGUCUACUCCACCUGUUUCCCCACGGGGUCUCCUAGCCAUGGCACAAGAGGCGCAACGGGAGGGUAUAUUCUCGACCCACAUUCUGCAGUUGCUUGCACUGCGUCGUUGGGAUCAGUUAAAAUUUCUCCAGAAACACAUCACAUCUCGCUGGCGACAGCGCACCCGGCUAAAUUUGCUCAAGCCGUUGAUCUCGCACUCAGGGGGCAAGAAGGUUACUCUUUCGACAACAUUCUGCCGCCGGAGUUUGUUGGGCUGGAGCACAAAGAGCGCCGAGUUACGGUAGUACCGCAUGGCCAGGGGUGGCAGGCGGUGCGGGAGAUUAUCAACUCUAAGGUUGUGUUGUGA